AUGGCGACAUCCUGGCCACUGCUGAAGUCUGCCGCGUGCGCGCAGGCCGCAAAGCAUCUAUACUGCAUUCGAAAUAUCGACUUGCAAUACCAAGCCGCAAAAUACUACCAUCGCGGCAUCAGCGACCUAAAAACCGCCAUCACUCUCCAUGCCUUCGAUGCGGACCCAGCCGACCACACCAGCCAGACGUUAGUGGCAUUUGCCACCAUCGCCAUCCCAAGCAUGUAUGAGCUUAUGCACGCUCCUGGAAUAGACUGGAAAGCUCAUCUCAAUUCUCUGCCUUUGCUCAGUCCUGCAUACAACCCAAUAGCCAUCGCUUGCUCUUCCGUCAACGUUCCGCGCACCAUUUUCAAGGGACCCAUUUUUGCAGUCUUAAGAGACAGGUUUCCUUUACGCCUUGAGACUCAGACGCACUUCGAUAUGCCACUGUGGCAAAAUGCAGGCUCAGCAGCCGACGAAAACGGCGGUCUGCUGUCACAUAAUCCCUCUGGCACGGCAGAUCUCCGCGCCUUGACCGACAUCCAAAAAUACACAAGAAGCAAUAAACUUAUCUGGCUUCCAGGGAGGAUUGUCAACUAUUUGACCUCGAGGAAUGCCAUUCGCCCAGCGGACUUUGCACUUCUCCCGGGCCAGAGGUUUCCCAUCGGAGUGCCACAGGACCAGCUGUUUGGGCGCUGGAAUAUACUUGAUGCAGACCUCCAGAAGUGGUACGACAGUCUGUCACCCACGUUCCAGGCCAGCGCACGAACAAAACGACACAACACCAUGCCAGCCGACGAUGACUUUGCCAACUUGGAGGAAAUCUGGUACGAGCUUCCGAUAUGUGCUACGACCAUGCAGAGGUACCACAUGGCCUGUAUCCUGUUGCUUGUCAACAAACCACAAGAGUCUAUGACUAUCCGAACGACACUCCUCACCUUCUUCGCUGAUAUCAAUUGUUUGGACCCAGCUAUCGUCCCCAUCUACCCUCAAGGCCCGUCCAUCCGGAAUACUCACCAAUCUGGUGUGAUUCUUAUUGUCGGACUUGCAGUUCCUGCACUAGACACAGGCCGAGACCUGAGCGCCAAUUCCGACUCCGUCUCCAAUCCCGACCGUCGAGACUUCUGCGCCCUUUCGCACGACUCGUCCGACGACUUCGUGGCCAACAUAAAGCCGCGAAGAAAAAGGGCCGCAUCCUCCGGGAAUUUUAUGCACGUCGCUACCGCAAACUCCGCACGCUUCGAGGGCAGUGUCGACGUCGUCUUCCUCGAAUUGCUUGGGCUUGAACUGGGGACGAAGUCAGGUGGGAUGCACGGUGAUCGGAGACGCUGCUCACUUCCGCUCUGCGGAAUUUGGUCCAUUCGGUCUAUUGAGCGCAUCGCACGCCAGUUGCACAUGGAAUACAUUCUCGGAGGCAUCUGCGCCGUCUCUGGCGGAAGCGUUGAGUAG